AUGCGUCUUAUCAACACAAGGACUCGGAAAUUCCAAGAGUUCAUAGGCGCAUCGAUCCCCCCAUACGCAAUUCUAUCGCACACGUGGGGCAAUGAGGAGGUGUCGUAUAGGGACUACGUUGAAACCCGUGAUGCCUCCAUGAGAGGCUACAGGAAGAUUGUCAAGACGUGUGAGAUCGCGAAAGAAGCUGUGUCGAUUUACCGAAAUGCCGCUGGUACGCCCAAUUACUCCAUCUACGCUUUGCGUACUGAGCAUACUAGGUUCACGCGUGGUUGGACUCUCCAAGAACUGAUUGCUCCACGCGACAUUCAAUUCUAUAAUGCCAGAUGGAACUACAUCGGUCUCAAAACGGAUCUUGUCGAUAAUUUGUCGACCAUCACUGGCAUUGGCGUAGAGAUCCUACUGCAUAAUCGGUCAUUGGACCUGGUGUCAGUGGCAACAAGAAUGUCUUGGGCGGCAAAGAGAAAGACCACGCGGACUGAAGAUAUAGCCUACUGCCUACUUGGAAUCUUUGGCGUCAAUCUCCCAUUACUGUACGGCGAGGCUGAAAAGGCUUUCCAGCGACUUCAAGAGGAAAUAAUUCGUUCGAAAGCCGAUCUCAGUAUCUUUGCUUGGCAAUGCGUGCGGCCUCCAGGGGUUGACAGAUGGACGCUUACCGGUGUUCUCGCGCAUUCGCCAAAAGACUUUGUCAAUGGUCACAUCGUGCAACGCAUGUAUGGGAGGGAAGCUCACGAGUUCUCCUUUACCAAUGUCGGCAUCAAAACGCGUCUGCGCAACCUUUGGGCUCAAGACUAUGGCUGUGUUAUGCAGUUGAACAGCUUUUCAAUCGAAACGGGAAAGCACUUGGCGCUAAGACUGCGCAAAGUUGGUCCAGAAAUGUACCUGAGAGAGGGACCGUAUGAUCUUCUAGAGUAUGCUACUGGCGCCUUUCACGAGCGAAGAUCUGUCGAACGAUACCUCCUUACUGCCAUACCGGCAAUACCAAGAUUCUCGGAUUGGUUGGAUCCAUCGGUAAGGUUCCAACACGCAGAAAGGCUGUUAGAUUUCAUGCGAGAAUUUCCCGUGCGCGUCAAGCUACCACCGGAAGUUCAGUUAGUCAAGAUGUGGCCAUCUGACCGAUGGGAUGAAGAAGAUCGGCUGUUCUUUGUCUCUGGCGAUUCUCGUUGGGAUUCGUUCCAGUUGAACCUGCGCUACGAACUCAUUUACGAUGCCAAGUCCCCUGACGGGACUGUCACUGAAGCUACCACAACCUUUAGCUUUACUCUGUAUGCGUUGGGAUGGUCUCAUAUACAACUUGACGCUGUAGAUCGUGCUUCAUUCGGUCUCGUAGACUGUCUAGAAUAUGGACCGACUGUGGACAAGAUUCAUCGGUGGAUUUUGGACGAGGAGCCGACCACAGCUUCCAUAUCCAAGUGGUUCGCGAAGGAAAAGAUGCCGAGAAACCAACUGAUACGCUACGAUAUACCUCAGUCCCCUCGUAGCCUGGUAAUAAAGAUUGAAAGCACGCUGGAUAACGUUGUCACUUUGACAGCAGAGGAGAUGCCUACUAUCAAUGCGCCAGAGCGCGUCACACAACAAUGGCCUGAGUUCAGGGACUACUAG